UCCCGUGGACUUUGUCUAUUUCUUUCCUCUCUCAGGUCUUUGCUAGGUCUUUACUAGGUCUUUACUGGAUAUACCGGAUAUUAUGGCCCCAAAAUCAGACCUUUUGCUCUGGCUCUACCUCCUGGUGGCCGCAGCCCUAGCAAAUCAAGCACCUCCUAACUCAGACAUAUGCUUUGCCUCCAACAAAGCCUUGCCGAGGGAAAAUUAUGAUGCCUGCUGCCCAAGCAAGUCCCAGAGCGGCACGGGCUACGUCGGUGAUUUCCAAUUCAGAUACCAGUGUGGGUUAACUCCGGAUCCAGCCGGCGAAGAAGUGCCUCAUAAGGUCGGCAGUAUACUUGACUGUGCGACUCUCUGUGCGGAGAACACUGACUGUAAGGCGGGGACAUGGGAUUACCAGUACGGCCGAUGUUAUCUGACGACGAAUAUGUCCGGGACAAAGCCGUCGCCUCUCUGGGUGCUGCUGGAGAAAAGCGCUAAGUCGGAUUGCCAGAAAGUGGAGGCGGCUCUCCGGCAAUGCAAGAUGGCCGAAGACACCUGCCAGAGCUUGAAUUCGCAGCUACAACUGGAAAGGGACACAGCGGUGGAACAUUACAACACUUGUCAGACUACAAGCACGCAGAUUCAGCAAGAGAGAGACACCGCUGUGAGCAACCUCAAUACAUGCGAGAAAACAAACUCAGACCUUCUGGUGGAGAAAAAUACUGCAGUGAGUAAUUAUAACACUGCGCUGGAAAAUUACCAUACCUGCGAGAGCGCAAAGGCACGGUUGCAGCAGGAGAGAGAUACAGCAGUGACCAAUUACAACAACUGUCAAGCACAUGUUUCCCAGGUAGAAACAGCAGUACUUAAUCCACUCACGAGCUCUAUCCGAGUUGGCCCGACCAUAUACGCACUCUUUCGUCAGAAAACAUUUAGUCGGCAUAAUUUCUACUCGUUCAGCUCUAGUAGCUUUUAUGACUGUUCAACGGCUUGCUCUGCUCGGCCGGAGUGUCGCGGCCUUGUAUACGGCUAUGCGGACAAGUCGUGUUGGUUAUUUUCUGAGUACCAGAACCCCCCUGUUGUCACCGCGACUUACCCGAAUGUCAUAGCUGCUGUUCCUCUGUAAACACUCUGGGACGUAAACUGGGCGAAAAUUGGAAACAUGCAUGCUGGUGGGGAAAGAGAUAAUUGCAAUUUCAGAUAAGAAAGGUUCAGUUCCAGUAACUCUGGGUAUCCCGCGCGCCGGGGGGUAUAUGUGUGUGCGCGUCUGUGGUCAUACGCAGGCUCUUCGC